AUGCAGCAGGAGCUAGUCUAUGCAGCAUCGGAAAUCCAUAACGCAAGCUUCCAUGACGUGGACCAGAAUUUCUUGCGAAGACUUGAACGUUCUAUUCAACACAAUGGCGUGUCUGCGUUCUUCGCGAUUGACAGAAAUGGCACGAAGACGCCUGGUAGGUUUGGUCUGAUCGACGUGGACUUGGCUGCUGUUCUGCCACCUGCAUUGAGAGAUCUCAGAAAUCCACGUACAAUUGUGCUGGAGAGUCCCUCAUGCUUCGACAUCACGCACCUAGCCGGCAUGAAUGUGUUGGACGUCUUGAGUCACGUACAUCUUCACCCCCGCGAUUGCAGUCUCCAGUUUGAAGAACUGGAACAUAUUUACACUUGGGAAGGGCGCAGAGUCAGCGUGUCGGUUACCAGCUUGAUUCAUGGUCUCACGCAUCAAUUCAAUUCUGCUGACGCACUCCGUGCGAUGCGCAAUGGCAGAAACUGGCCACGAGAGGAGUACACAGUUGCCAAUGUCGUGGAGGUCUUAAACCAACAUCUACCGAAUAGCCCUUUGACGCUGAUACUGCGACAUUUGGUAGAUGCAGAGGUGACAGAUAUUGCAGCCAUCUGUCAGGCUAUCCGUGAUCUUGUCUGGACUCAUCCAGGCUGUUCUCAUCUAGCUUCUGUUGUCAGCAUGACGGAUGAUGAGAUCCUGGACAGAUGGGAGAGGAACCGACGCACGGCUGCUGCUCAGGGUACAUGGAUGCAUGCGUGCUGCGAGUGCUUGUUGAACGGUGGGAUGGUGUGCCUUGCCUCGGAGGAGAUGUGCAUGUUCACCAAGGUCAUACGAGGAUUACAAGCAGAAGGAUGGAUGAUAUUCAGAACAGAGUGGUGUGUUUACUGUGAAGCAGAGGAUGUUGCGGGCUCCAUUGAUGCAGUGGCCGUACGACAGAACGAGUAUUGCAUUCUGGACUGGAAAAGAACCAAGGCCCUUGCUUCCAAAGAUGCUGCGUAUGGACGCAUGAUGCACUUUCCCAUGAACGACGUUCCUGAUUCCGUCCUGUGGCACUAUCGGGUUCAAGUGAACAUCUACGCCUGGAUCCUACGAAGAUACUACGACAUCAACGUGACAGAACUCAGGAUAGUGUGCUUGCAUCCGGACAAUGCGCCGCAGCCACUCAUCGUGAACGUGCCAAUGAUGCAGGACAAGAUCGAAAAGCUAAUGAGCUGGAGAAGGGAUGAUAGACAGCUCCAGAUACACCUCUCCGCAGAGAGUGGAGAUUUACGUGGCGGGAGUCAAGAAGGCGAGCUAUCAUUCUCGCAGAUGUUGGAUCAAGAGAUGGACACUUAUGAAGACGUACUUCCAGAAAUACCCAGUGCAGACGAACGAUCUUCGAAGCGACACAAAGCCCAGGAAUCUGUGGAGGGAGCUACUCCGGAUAAUGCAAUGAGUCAGUUCAUGCAAACGGAUUUCGAUAUGUCAUCCAUCCCUGGUCAGUCCUCCGAGCGCGAAUCUGUUGAAGGGAGCAUCCUCAAGGAGAUCGGCGGACUCGAAAGGAUGAUUACAGCAUAUCGGCCCAGUGCGGCAUGGUCGACCGCCUUUCGUCACGUGGUUCAAGGGGCUCUAGCUGUCCAUCAACUUCGGCUUCUGGAUAUCAGCCGGCGAGAGGAAGUCCUGUUCCUCGAGCUCAUCGAAGGGUCCGGGAGACAUGUCCGUGCCCACAAUGGCCAAUGUUUUUUCUAUUCGGAACAUGGCCACUGGAAUGCUUACAAGGGUGUGGUGCCCCAAGGCACUCUUGCGCGAUGUAAGAAGUUUCUGAUCCAGUUGGAAGGCGUCUACGCGUUAUUCGAGUCAUCUGCCCUACGGAACAGUGAAGGCAUCCUGCAGGCGUCUCAAGCUUUGUUGGAAAGACACUCUGGUUGCUGCGAUAGCCUUCUGGCUGCCUGUGAAAGGGCUGCUACUUGUCGAAUGCCAUCCAAAGCAAACACUCGGGAUGAAGGCGAUGGGGCCGAGGACCAUCGCAAGGCCUUGCCUUGGACGGUGGCAAUGGCCAACACAAUCGGCAAGCUCUAUGUGAAGUUGCAAACCUCCUUGCUCAAUGAUAGUCUCAUCAAGUACUACAUUGCCUGGUGUUCUCUCGACAUUCAGCCCUCUGGUGGCUUUUGCACCACCGAUGCCUGUUUCACUUUCACGGAUGCUGGGUUGCAGGCAGUCCCCAAAGCAGCAGCCAACGACGUCUAUGUCUACCUUCCGCACAAAAUGCUGGAUCCGGUUGCGGAUGACGUGCGGCAAAGAGUGCACUUGUUCUGGCAGACGACCUACUGGGACAACGCGAAUGCAUUCGAGGUCUUCAUGGCCUCGUUCACUCUUGCUUUGCGUGGUGAGAACGCGGACCGUGCCUUCUGGGGUAUAGGCGCAGGUGGCGUGGGCCAAAGUCUCCAGACAGCGCAUUUGGAAGCCAUCCUCGGAGAAUACCACACUUGUCUCGACAUGAACAUAUACUUUGUGGACGAGGAGAUGCGGAAGCAAGCUGCCAACAUCGUCGGGAAAAUUGUCGUGACCGGGCAAGAAAGCGUGCAGGGCUCCCGACGUCCGAUGAGAGAAGACAUCUACAAGAAGCACAUUUCCGCCGACAAGGUGCCAGAGUUCUCGGGAGUCACCGAAGAGACCUUGAACUCCAUGUUUCGGCGGACGGCAGUAUGCAAAUACAAAAGCGUCUUCGUGGAUGCGGCCCGCAUCGCCGGCAAGGAAAAACUAGCUGCAGCGCAUGGUAUUUUUCCGCGGGAUCCCACCUUAAAGGACUUCUUACGGGACGGGCCUGCUUGUUUGGUAACACUCCGUUGCUUGUGGAACUACGCACGAAGUCGCACCGCUUUCCAAUGUCGUGAUGUUCUGGAAAAGUAUGCUGUUCGUGGUGGUGACGGUGGUUUGACUCUGGCGACG